CAUUUGCCCAGGGUGACACUUCCAUGUUUGCAUCGAGCCAUGCAAGUGUACUACGGAUGCUACUUGCUCCAAUCCCUGACCAAUGUUCGGAGGAACGUGAAAGUGUUUGCGGACAUGCGCCAUGCAUGUCCAUGCACUGAUAUCGGGGCGCGAAUCUGCGAAUAGGACAUUGAAUAGGACCUACAUUGGCUUCACCAUGGACCCGCGGCGCCGACUCCGGCAGCACAACGGAGAGAUCACUGCCGGUGCCCACAAAACCAAGCGAUGGCGACCUUGGCAAAUGAUCCUUUGCGUGUGGGGAUUUCCAACGAAAGUGCUGGCGCUGCAGUUUGAGUUUGCCUGGCAGCAUCCGAACAUUUGCCGGCAUGUCCGAGAUAGAGUCUCGCACCUGGGGUUCUGCAAGCUGACCCGGAAUGGGAAACAGUGCCCUGUGUUGGGUGUCAUGCAGAACAUACAGGUGCUUGUGGAGAUGUUGAAAACUGCUCCUUACAGUAAAUUGCCUUUGCGUGUUCAUUUCAUAGACGAAGGCGCCUGGGCUGAGCUUCCAAAGCUGCCAGCAGCAGCUGGGCUCCCGACCCACAUGAGCUUCACCCACGGCAGCUUCGACCACUUGGAGCGUCUCUGCGCUGAGAGCAUGAUGGCUAUGCCCGUGACAGGCUCCGAGUGUGCAAAAUGCUCGGGGCUUCUUCAGCCCGGAGAGCGACUGGUCAGCUGCCCGCACUGCGAAUGCCCUCUGCAUUUGAGCUGUGCGGCGCAGAUCUUCACCAAGGAGACAUCGCAGCUGAUGCCAGAUCAGCCUGGCAACUGCCCGAAAUGCACUCGGACAACGGAGUGGCCGGUGCUUAUACGCAGCGCGCGACGUCUUUCCACUUCCCCAUCCAUCCCAGAGGCUCAAGUUGCCGCUGAGGCUGCGGAGACCGACACUGAGGAUGAGGUUCAAAUCAUCGAUUCAGAAACGCAAUCCACGCUGAGAGCGAGAAGCACCAAACGGGCCUCGCUCGACGCUGGAUGUGCAAAAGCGCCUAAGGCGCCUAAGGCGCCUAAGGCGCCUGAGGCGCCUGAGGCGCCUGAGUUGCCGAGUCCGGUGACGCCCAGCCCGAAGCCCGCGAAGGCUGAGGAUGGCCCUGAGAUCGAGAGGCCUUUGGCGCCGCGCCUCCGUGACCGGCUUGCCAUGCGGUUGGGCGGAGGCUUGGUUAUUUGAGCGCUGGUGCUGCAGCCUGAAGUGGGAGUUGCUUCCUUCACUAGCGUCACUAGCACCAGCGCGUUUUUGAAUUCACGUGCUUGCAAUCAGAUUUGUACAAUUCUGCGCAAUUGCGUUCGCAUGUUGGUUCCGUAAGUGCAUUUUUGCAGGGUGCCGGUCGAGUGUUGGUGGUUGGCAGCAGUCGCCCGCGAGGAUUGAAAGCUGCUGCAGC